UCAGAGAUAAAAGAACAAGACAAGCAAAGAGAAAACUUUCAUAGAUCAUUAUUAACUUCUUCAGAGUCAUUGUUUCUAUCACCUUCAACUAGUGCUGAAAAGGUGUCAGAUUGGCCAUGGCUCUUUCAAAGAAAAGCAUUCGCUCCAAUAGAAAAUGUU